UUCUGUUGGCCCCGCCCCUUUGUUUCUUUUCUCCUCGAACGUGAACAGGUCGCGUUUGAAAAGCUAGCUAGCUAAUAGUACACUGCUAAAUACAGGGAAAUAUUUUUUCUUAAAUCGAACUGGUGACCAUACAAGAUCUGGUGUUAUGAGACUCCAGUUCUAGAAGACUUGUGAAUAAACGCAGCCCACUUGGCACACACUGAUUGAAUUGGCGUUGUUUUCACAUCAUUUUAAUUCAAUUACUUUGAACCAACAUGGAAUAGACCUUGAAUUGACGCCUGUGCCCAGUGGGAGGAGAGAUACAUCAAACUUGUGACAGCUCCAUUCAAUAACUAGGUGUUAUUAUUGCUGUUUUUACCAAGAAUCAUUCUAAAUCAACAGACAAUAUGAGUCAAAAGAAGGGAACGUUGAUGGAUGAAAUCGAAAAGAGUUUAUGGAAUUUGACUGAGGACAAUUUACGCUCCCUUUGUGAACAUCAUGGACAUGAUGGACCUGAAGUUAAAGCAAUGGAUCACCGGUCGUUGCGGCGUAAAAUCAUGGAGGAAAUGUGGGACAAUACGGAUUCAAUGAAAUCAGAGGAGCAGGGAAUAUCUUGGUUAGUCCAACUGAAGGAGGAGAUCAGGAGGAUACAGGAGGAUUCCAGUGGUGCACCCGUGAGCCCCAGCAAAGCCGAUGAAGAUGAUCCUGUAGACUGCGAUGAAGAAUGGAAUGGAGAGGGAGGGUCUGGAUUACCUAGCAACAGGUUGGAGGUGGAACCCAUGAGUCCCAGCCAAUCUGAUGAUGAUGACGCUGCAGACUGUGACGCAGGGGACACGGAUUGGUUGCCUAGCAAUGGGCUAGAGGCGGAGUCCAUGAGUCCCAGCCAGUCCGAUGAUUGUGAUACUGCAGACUGCGAUGAAGAAUUGGACAGGGAGGUCAGGGAUUGGAUGGUUAGCGAUGGGCUGGAGGUGGAGUUAUCUCCAAAGAAGCACACACCAGAGCAGAAGGACAAGCGUCGCCCACCGAAGACCCUUUGUCGUGCCUCUCCCGGUAGCGCCUUAAUUUGGGGUCUGAAGAGGGUGUCUGUGCAGUUGAUGGACUGCAGGAAACCACUGGGGCAGAAAACCUGCAAGAAAACCCACUCCUGUGCUCAGUGUGGGAAGAGUCUUGCCACAAAAGACAUUCUGGAGCGACAUCUGCUAACUCACACUGGAGAGAAACAGAAAAAUAUAUGCGCUGACUGUGGAAAAGUAUUCAGUACAUUUUCCAGCCUUACCAGGCAUCUGAAAACCCAUACUGGAGAGACAUGUCAUGUUUCUGAAACCACAUGCUCUGAAUGCGGAAAGACAUUCAGUACACAUUCCAGUCUUAGGAGACAUCUGCUAACUCACACUGGAGAGAAACCAUAUGUUUGCCCUCGUUGUAAGAAAGGUUUCAAUGAUCCAGGAAACUUGAAGAAACACAUCAGGAGAGCUCACCCAGGAGAGAAGUUGGGUGUGGAGAGGCUCUACCGUGAACCGUGUCCUCACUGUGGGGAGAAGUUUCCCACAAAGAAGGCUUUGGAGGAGCACCUGGUAACCCACACAGGAGAGAAACCUCACCAGUGCUCUGACUGCGGGAAGGGAUUCAAUGAAUUGUCUAGCUUUAAGAGGCAUCUGAGAACUCAUACUGGGGAGAAACCAUACAUUUGCCCUCGUUGUGGCAAGCCUUUUAAUGAUCCAGGAAACUUGAAGAAACACAUAAAAAGAACUCACUCCGGAGAACAUUCCAAAGAGAAACCUUCUGAGAACAAUGUUGGUUCUUCAGAACAGGAGGAGACAGUAAAGAAGCCAGUCCUUCAUCCAUGUUCUCACUGUGGGAAGAAGUUGUCAACCAAGACAAGACUAAAGAUUCACCUGAAGACCCACACUGUAGAGAAAUCUCACGUCUGCCCUGACUGUGGAAAGAGCUUUGCUUUCCGUCCCUCCUUGACCAAACAUCAGAAACUUAGUCAUUCAGAGCACGGAGGAGUGAAACGGCACGAAUGUUCAGUGUGUGGUAAAGUCUUUAAUCAACCAGGAGCCAUGAGGUCCCAUCAAAGAACACACACUGGAGAGAAACCUCAUCUCUGUGCUGACUGUGGGAAGAGUUUCUCUUUUCAGUCGUCUCUGAAAAGACAUCAGGCACUUCACGCAGCAGGUAGUGCAAAGCCCCACAUGUGCUCUGUCUGUGGGAAAGGCUUUAGAGAUUCUGGAUACUUAAAAAAACAUCAAGCCAUCCAUUCGGAAGAGAAACCUCACCUCUGCUCUGAUUGUGGAAAGACUUUUGCAUCCUUAUUUACCUUAACAAAUCAUUCCAAAUUGCAUCGUUUAAACAGAGACCAAUUCCAAUGCCCUGAAUGCAAGCGCCAUUUCCCAACAAAGGAACGGCUGACAAGCCACCAGAGGACGCAUACCGGAGAGAAACCAUUUCGCUGCUCCCAAUGCCACAAACGCUUCUCUCACUCAAGUAGUUAUCAAAGGCACCUUCGUAUGCACACUGGGGAGAAACCCUUCAUUUGCCCCCUUUGCGGGAAGCAAUUUAACGACUCUUCAAAUCUUAGAACACAUGUUAGAAGACAUAAAGGAGAGAAGGUAGGUAAAACACAGGUCUCUGAGCCAUGCCCUCACUGUGGGAAGAGGCUGGCUUCUAAGGCAGGGUUAGAGACUCACCUGCGGACCCACACUGGAGAGAAACCUCACCUCUGCGCCGACUGCGGCAAGAGCUUUGGCUUCCACUCAGCUUUGAGAAGACAUCAGAAAACGCAGCACGGAGAGCAAGUAGCGAAGCCACACGUCUGUUCUGUCUGUGGAAAAGGUUUCAUGGAAUCUGGAGCGCUGAAGAAACAUGUGGUGACCCACGAGGAGAAACAGCACCUCUGCCCCGACUGCGGGAAGACCUUCAGGGUGCUUCAGGCCUUGUCAAAUCAUCAGAGAACCAAGCAUCAGAAAACAAACGAGCAAGUAAGAGAGAAGAAUCCGUUCCUCUGCCUUACUUGCGGCCAGGAAUUCAAUUCAAAGCAUAGAUUGGUAAUCCAUGAGAGAAAGCACACAGGAGAGAAGCCUUACCAAUGCUCCCAUUGCGACAAACGCUUCACUGAGAAGUCUUACAUGAAACGCCACCAGACGGUGCAUACGGGAGAUAAACCUUUCCAAUGCUCCGUCUGCGAUAUGAAGUUCUCGCAUGGUGCAUCUUUAAUACGGCACCGCCUAAUACACUCAGGUGAGAAACCGUACCACUGCACUUACUGCGACAAGAGUUUCUCUCAGUCAAAUACGCUGAAAACACACAUACUAACGCACACCGGAGAGAAACCGUACCAGUGCCCCGACUGCGGGAAGCGUUUCACUGAAAAGAAAGCCAUGAAAAAACACCUGCGUGACACACACGGGACAGAGACACACAGCAACACACACGGGUCAGGGGCACACAACUCUGCUUUCUCUUUGCCUGGUAAAAAACAGAGAUUGAGUCAAGACCGGAGCCCUCGAGCAAAGCCGUACCAAUGCCCUGACUGUGGCAAGUGUUUUUCAGAGAAAAGAGCUCUUACGAAUCACCAGAAGACACACCGGAGAGACAGCGCCCCCUAUUGGUCCGGUAUACUGCAGCGAUGGAGUCAAGACCCGCAACACUCUAAUACUGACUCAGACUCUGACCAAGACCAAGACUGGACCUCUUUAUAAAGACUCAGACCAAAACUCACAAAGACAGGACAGACCAAGGCUCAAACCAAGACUCAGACCUCUUUAUAAAGACUCAGACAAGACUGGACCUCUUUAUAAAGACUCAGACCAAAACUCACAAAGACAGGACAGACCAAGACUCAGACCUCAUUAUAAAGACUCAGACAGGACUUCAGUAUUGACCCCCAGUCAGAUGAGACCAGGACCUCAUUAAAACAGGGCAGAUAUGAUUGUGUUGUCUUAUUGUUUUGGCCAGCAGUUCUCCAGGCUUUUUCCUCUUCACAGUAUGUUAACCUUCAGUCUGACAAUUCUGCUUUAAUUAGGAGACAUUUUGUUUCGUUGCAUGUUGUAUUGAGACUUUGCCCAAUUAUAUAACAUAAUAUAUAUUAUUGAAGAAAAAAGUAAUUGCACCAAGAGCGUGAGGAGAUCAUUUGGUCGGGAGUCUGGAAACACCAAGACGACGAGAUCAACACUCCAUCUUUGGUGUAAACAAGCUAAAGGAUGAGAAAACAACCUCAAAUUCAUAGACAUGGCAACAGAAAGCUGCCCAUAGCAUUUUACACAGCUACCGUUUACAGCCAUUGGAUUUAAAAUGGAUCCAUUCAUUGAUUGACUGUUUGUCCUUCAAGAUAACAUUUCCACAACUCUUUAGUUACCAAGAAACAAGACAAUUAAAAACAAGUGCCCCUCUACCUAAGAGACUCAAUGAACUUAUAGUAUAUUGACGUUUCACAGUUGUGUAUAGCAAGUCAUUUUUUGUUUUACAUUUUUAGGGCUCUAUUCGAUCAGAUCCGUUUCAGUGAUGUGGGAGGUAGAACUGCGUUAGAGCUGUCAAAUCCAUCCUCCUGGCUUUAUACCCAAAGCGGACAUUGCAAUCGGCUCCACAGUCGCAUUAACAGAAAUCCAAUUGUUUAGAAGUUGGAACACUGGAAUGUGAUGUAAUCUACAGCCAGUUGAAUGAUUUUUAAAUCUGAGUGUAUUCUUUCUAUGUAUAGUCGACAGCUCCAGCAGUUCCCCCUCAGACGCCACCAAAACGUCCGCUAUGCCGGUUAAUCUCAUUGAAUCUAGGCCUAAGAAUAUACUUUGGCAGAUGAUAUUGAAGAAUGUGUGUUUCAAAGGCUGUUUGAGUCUAUGGAAAAACUUGGAAACCGUGACAGUAAACGUGUUUGAACUGA